AUGGAAUCUAGGAUGUGGCCUGCAGUGCUGCUGUCCCACCUCCUCCCUCUCUGGCCACUGCUGUUGCUGCCCCUCCUGCUGCCUGCUCAGGGCUCUUCCUCCUCCUCCUCCCCUCGAACCCCACCAGUCCCAGCCCGUCCCCCAUGUGCCCGGGGAGGCCCCUCGGCCCCACGCCACGUAUGUGUGUGGGAGCGGGCACCCCCACCAAGCAGAUCCCCUCGAGUCCCAAGAUCACGCCGGCAAGUUCUGCCAGGCACUGCGCCCCCUGCCACCCCAUCAGGCUUUGAGGAGGGGCCACCUUCUUCUCAGUACCCUUGGGCUAUCGUAUGGGGCCCCACAGUGUCUCGAGAGGAUGGGGGGGACCCCAAUUCUGCCAAUCCUGGAUUUCUGCCCCUGGACUAUGGUUUUGCAGCCCCUCAUGGGCUGGCUACCCCACACCCCAACUCAGACUCCAUGAGGGAUAAUGCAGAUGGGCUUAUCCUUGGAGAAGCACCUGCUACCCUGCGGCCAUUCCUGUUUGGGGGCCGUGGGGAAGGUGUGGACCCCCAGCUCUAUGUCACAAUUACCAUCUCCGUCAUCAUUGUUCUUGUGGCCACGGGCAUCAUCUUCAAGUUCUGCUGGGACCGAAGCCAGAAGCGGCGUAGGCCCUCGGGCCAGCAAGGCUCCUUGAGGCAAGAAGAGAGCCAGCAGCCGCUGACAGACCUGUCCCCAGCUGGAGUCACUGUGCUGGGGGCCUUCGGGGACUCGCCGACCCCCACCCCUGACCAUGAGGAGCCCCGAGGGGGACCCCGACCUGGGAUGCCCCAGCCCAAGGGGGCUCCAGCCUUCCAGUUGAACCGGAUUCCCCUGGUGAAUCUGUGA